AUGAAGGUUUUCGAGACCAGAGAUGCAUUUUUAAGUGAUUACGAAGUUCUACAAUUCUUGUCAAAAUUAGAAAGACAGCAUCAUUGGGAUGAGGAGAGUACUCUUGCCAAUCAAAAGAACCAAAGGAAAAAGAUAAAGACCCACCGUCCAUAUAACCAUCCUGAAUUACAGUCGAUCACAAGGGACACAAUUGCAUAUCUAAAGUCGAACAAAAGUGCAACUCAAGAAGAAGAUGCACCCACUACAUCUCCAAUAAGUAGAUUAAACGAUGAAAAGUUUAGCGAAUUGGUGAGAAAUCUAAACCAGUACUCGUUGUUCAAGGCUGAAAAACUACAGAUUGUCAACCAGUUGCCCCAGAGCAUGGUCCAUCUGUACUCUGUGGUGGAAGAGUGUGAUUCAAGAUUUACACAGGAGCAAAUGGAAACAAUGCUUUCCACUAUUGCGGGUUAUAUAUGA